CUCCUUGUGCUCUAAGAUGCUGAACGACACCACUCUCGAAGCAGCCAUGCUCUUUCACGGGAUCUCCGGAGGCCACAUCCAAGGCAUUAUGGAAGAGAUGGAGCGCAGAUCCAAGACAGAGGCCCGCCUGACCAAAGGAGCCCAGCUCAACGGACGCGACGCGGGGAUGCCCCCGCUGAGCCCGGAGAAACCCGCUCUGUGUGCUGGCUGCGGGGGCAAGAUCUCAGACAGGUACUACCUGCUGGCAGUGGACAAGCAGUGGCACCUGAGGUGCCUGAAGUGCUGUGAAUGUAAACUGGCCCUCGAGUCCGAGCUCACUUGCUUCGCCAAGGACGGCAGCAUUUACUGCAAGGAGGAUUAUUACAGAAGGUUCUCUGUGCAGAGAUGUGCCCGCUGCCACCUUGGCAUCUCCGCCUCCGAGAUGGUUAUGCGUGCCCGAGACUCUGUGUACCAUCUAAGCUGCUUCACCUGCUCCACCUGCAACAAGACUCUGACCACGGGCGACCAUUUCGGCAUGAAAGACAGCCUGGUGUACUGCCGCGCCCACUUCGAGACCCUCUUGCAAGGGGAGUAUCCCCCACAGCUGAGCUACACUGAGCUGGCAGCCAAGAGCGGAGGCUUGGCCUUGCCUUACUUCAACGGCACAGGCACGGUGCAGAAAGGACGGCCCCGGAAGCGGAAAAGCCCAGCGCUGGGAGUGGACAUAGUCAAUUACAACUCAGGUUGUAACGAAAAUGAGGCGGACCACUUGGACCGGGACCAACAGCCUUAUCCACCCUCUCAGAAGACUAAGCGAAUGCGGACCUCCUUCAAGCACCACCAGCUCCGGACCAUGAAAUCCUACUUUGCCAUCAAUCACAACCCGGAUGCCAAGGACCUCAAGCAGCUUGCCCAGAAAACAGGCCUGACCAAAAGAGUUUUGCAGGUUUGGUUCCAAAACGCACGAGCCAAAUUCAGAAGGAACCUUUUGCGGCAGGAGAAUGGGGGUGUUGAUAAAGCUGAUGGCACAUCGCUUCCGGCCCCGCCCUCAGCAGACGGCGCUCUCACUCCACCCGGCACUGCGACCACUUUAACAGACCUGACCAAUCCCACUAUCACUGUAGUGACAUCCGUGACCUCUAACAUGGACAGCCACGAAUCCGGAAGCCCCUCACAAACUACCUUAACGAACCUUUUCUAACAUAUGAUUUAAAAAAAAAAAAAAAAAUUCUUCCUCUUCUUUUUAUUAUUAUUCUAAUUAUUAUUAUUUUAUUAUUUACAAGACUUUUUUUUUUUUUUUCCACACAUGAGAUAUUUGGGAAAUAAAAAAAUCAACAGCUUGGUGUGUAGCAUCUGCAGCCACUUGGCAAAUGAGUUUCCAGUAUUGUCUCCUUUCAGUGAACAUAUUUUGUUUGCAAACUGUAAAUGGAUUUUUUUCUGAAUUAAUUAGACCUUUCAGUUGAUAAGGGGAGUUUUUGAAUUUUUCUAAUAAGUGCCUCUUAAAAUUGUAUGUUACUUAUUUCCAGAAUCUCAAAGGAAAAGAACAAAAAUCACGCUGUAUCGUAAUUGACAAAUAAUCAUAUUCCCAGUCAAAUAAUUAGGUUACUAAAGAAUCAGAUGAGUGAUCAGUUAUUUUUUAAGCUUUGCAAUUGUCUGUGUGCUUAUGGAAUUUUACAAACGUCACAUUAAAAAAAAACAAUGAAAGUAAAAAUUUUUGGUUGAUUCAUAUUUCUUGCAUAGUCAAUGCAAAUGAGGAAUGUUAUUAAAGAAAAGUAUUAGUUAUAAUUAUUUUUAAUGUUAAUGAUAGUUAGUGAGAAAUCGAUUCCAAGAGCGUGACUGUUCUUUCUCUUAGAGAUGUACAGCCCAACAAAACUUUUUAUUUCAUAGUUUUUCAAAAUUUGAAAAAUUAAACUUCCUGUGUAUCCAUGAAAAUUCCACAUAGAAUUUGAAAUUCUAUACUUUUAACCUCCGCAAGUCAAUAGUGAUCAUUGUGAAACUGUUCUCUCUAAAUUAUCCUCCCCCCAGGGAAAAUGGAAAUAAGCAAAAUAUAAUUUUUUAAGAAGUUAAAAAAUUGAUUUAGUU